CAGCGAGUAACUCCCCGGCGUUAGUAUCGUGUUGAGUGAAGUGGAUACAGUGACGACAAUUUGGUUGUGUGACUCUAGAUCUUUAUACACUCAACAGGUAACUCGUACAACACCUUUACACAUGAUUUCAAUUAGAUACAGACCGGUGUUUCCAGCAUGAAGUUUUCAGAAGAUCGUUCCAAAGACAAGAAGGUGUUUACAAUGCUCUACAAGAAGUUCCGCUACAAGAUUUUCUUCAUUUUCUGCGUGGGUCUUGUCCUGGUGUAUAUCCUGCAAGACAAGACGCCCUUACUGCAGGCCCUAACACACCCAACAUACGCCACAAACACCACACAUCAGCUAGACGCCAACACACAACUACAACACAUUGACACCAACACGCCAAAGACGGACAAUGCUGAAGCCUACACACUGGACGUGAUUGUCCAAGCCCUUACAAAGAUGGAUCACCAGCCCGCGAGUAACGUAGAGGUAGCUCCGCCACAAAACCACGCGUCUGGUCCCACCAACGCUUGCAUGCAGACGCCAGAAAAACUUGCACGUCUGCUCAAAGUUAAAGAAAUCGACUGCAAAUCUGUUUUCUCCGGGAGCAAAUCUGCUGUCGACGAAGGUAUUUCGAAAUCAAAAUCCACCAAACGUGAACUUUUAUCCAACGAUUUUUACCUCAAUUUAACAGAAAACUGCGAAAAUUUUAAAGCAGUACGAGGUUAUAUGACAUGCCCACUGUCUUCAGAAGAAGAAGAAUUCCCUCUGGCUUAUUCAAUCGUGGCUUACAAAGACAUCGAAAUGGUUGAAAGAUUACUCCGCGCCAUUUACCGACCGCAGAACUACUACUGCUUCCACCUCGAUGCUAAAUCCGACAAAACGUUUUAUCUGGCUAUGUCCGCGAUAGCUCAAUGUUUCCCGAAUGUUUUCCUAUCGGCUGACAGAGUCGACAUCAAGUGGGGGGAGUUUAGCGUGCUGGAGGCAGAGAUCGUCUGCAUGAGACAGCUGUGGAGGUACACCAAGUGGAAGUACUUCAUCAAUCUCACGGGCCAGGAGUUCCCGCUCAAAACAAACGCCCAGAUUGUAAAGAUCCUGCACGCUUACAACGGCGCCAACGACUUAGAAGGGACAGUAAAAAGAGCCAAUAAGGACAGAUGGAACAACAAGACACCUCCCCGGGGGUUGAGGCCAGUCAAAGGAUCGGUACACGUCAUAGCCAACAGGGAUUUCGUUGAUUACAUCCUGCACAACGACACGGCCAAGGAGCUUCUAGAAUGGGUCAGGGGCACGGGAAUUCCCGACGAGACGUUUUUUGCCACCCUCAACCACAACCCACAGCUGGGCAUACGCGGAAGUUACAAAGGUGAUCCUGAAACCGAAUCGGCUGAUUCGUUGGUCAAACCUUUCCUCACGAGGUUCAAAAACUGGGGGUCGGAACCAUUCAAGGCUAACUGUGCAGGGAACUUUGUCAGGGGAAUUUGUAUUCUCUCAACAGGCGACCUCCCCCAACUCGGGACAGCCAAACAGCUGUUCGCCAACAAGUUCUACCUGUGGGAGGACUUCACGGUUAUCGGCUGCCUGGAGGAGAAGCUGAUGAACGCCACGAGGGACGAGCUGCUGGGUCUACAGACGUUUAACGUCACGCAUUAUGCUCAGCUGGGCUUUGUGAAAAACCAGGUGACGUAGCACACAGGACAUGGGUUGAUGUGUUGUGUUCACGUAUGUGUAGGUGAUUUUGUGUGCGGGUUGUGAUUUUAUUGAUGAGCGUGUACGUGAUUUUUUGAUGUGCGAGUACGUGAUUCUAUUGAUGUGCGUUUAUAUAAUUUUGUUGAUGUGCGCGUAUGUGAUUUCAUUGUUUUAAAUGUAGUCGACUUAUUGAUGUCCAUUUAUGUGAUUGUUGUGACGUGCGUAUUGGUGAUUUUAUUGACGUGAGUGUAGAUGAUUUAAUUGAUAGAUUGGUUUUCAUCUCUGAAGAGAGAGAUGACAUAAACAAAGGAUGGACAAAAGAUAUGAAAAGUUUGGAAAAGAAGCCGUGAGAGUGAGAGAGAGAGAGAGAGAGAGAGAGAGGAAGAGAAAGAGACAAAGAAAGCGAGGAGAGACAGACGGACAGAGUGACAGAAAGAGAGAGAGAAAGGUAAAGAAAAUGAAAUAAUAAUCAAGAAACUGAUGAAAAAAACCUAAAAUGCCAAUUUUAGCACUUUGUUAUUGGAUUCCAUUUCAAAACAUUCCAUAAUUUCUUAUAUUCUUUAAUGUUUAUAUUAAACUAUACAAAUAAGCAUAUAUGCCUACAUUUAUACACUUAUA